AUGGAUUAUGGAAAUGCCUAUUUCGUCACAGGGAUCUUCACUUGUGCAAUUUACUCGGAUGAUUGCAUCUUCGAGGACCCGACAAUCAGCUUCCAGGGUACAGAGCUGUAUGAACGCAACUUGAGAUUACUGGUUCCGUUCCUCGAAGAUGCAUCCAUUGAGCUGCAAAAUAUGGACAAGAGUGAGUCAUCCCAAAGAAACUAUAUACUGGCGACGUGGAAGCUAAGGACUUACCUGAAACUUCCGUGGAGACCGUUGAUAUCGAUUAACGGAAGUACGGUCUAUGAACUGGAUACAGACUUCAAAAUUGUGAGGCAUGUCGAGAGCUGGGAUGUUUCAGCGGUUGAAGCAGUCAAGCAGAUAUUCACCGUCACUUCUUUUCCCUCCCGUGGCUGAGAGUGGAAUUAAUUUCUUUCGUAACUGCGGAAUUGAUCAUGUGUGGUACUAAUAUUUAUAGUUUUCCUUUAAAAUGCAGUGGCUCAUUUCAUCGUUGAUUAUUGAGAGACACUACAUUUUCUGAUAUUUAUAGAAAAGUAUUAUUUAUAUAUGUAUGUUAGUAUUACUUUUGA